AUGAAAUGUUCCCCAACAUGUUAUAACUGCAGAGGAGCAUCUUGCAUAAACACACCAGAUGAAAUCGAUGAAGAACACUUCAAUGAUGCCGAAAUAUUGCUACCUGACAAAGAGGACGUUCUGGAAGACCUUCUGGAUGACGAUUACCUUAAAUUGGACUAA